CCCUGAAAAAUCCUGAAUAUCCAGCCUUGUCCCUCUGCCCCAUGGUCACAAACCCAGGGCAGCAGGGCAGGGAUGGCUCCUCGAGAGCCCCCACACACAGCCCUGGCUGCUCCUGGCACACUCAGCCAGCACAGCUGGAGCUCAGGCAGGGACCUGGGUGAAGGUUUUCCCAGAGCAGGAACAAGGCUGGGUGAGUCCCAGCAGGACAGGCUACAGGGAAUGGCCCAGGUUUGGCUCCAAGCAGCCUCUCCUGACUUGUCACUGUCCUUUCUCCAUGAACAGGUGCCCAUGUGCAGCCACAGCAAAUGUCCAACAGCAGCUCCAUCAGCCACUUCCUCCUGCUGGCUCUGGCAGAGACGCGGCAGCUGCAGCUCCUGCACUUCUGCCUCUUGCUGGGCAUCUCCCUGGCUGCCCUCCUGGGCAACGGCCUCAUCAUCAGCGCCGUAGCCUGCGGCCACCACCUGCACACGCCCAUGUUCUUCUUCCUGCUCAACCUGGCCCUCAGCCACCUGGGCUCCAUCUGCACCACUGUCCCCAAAGCCAUGCACAAUUCCCUCUGGGACACCAGAACCAUCUCCUACACAGGAUGUGCUGCUCAGCUCUUUUUCUUUCUGUUCUUCAUCUCAGCAGAGUAUUUCCUCCUGACCAUCAUGUGCUACGACCGCUACGUGUCCAUCUGCAAACCCCUGCACUAUGGGACCCUCCUGGGCAGCAGAGCUUGUGCCCACAUGGCAGCAGCUGCCUGGGCCAGUGCCUUUCUCAAUGCUCUCAUGCACACGGCCAAUACAUUUUCCUUGCCCCUGUGCCAUGGCAAUGCCCUGGGCCAGUUCUUUUGUGAAAUCCCACAGAUCCUCAAGCUCUCCUGCUUCAAAUCCCACCUCAGGGAACUUGGGCUUCUUGCUAUUAGUGCCUGUUUGGUACUAGGUUGUUUUGUGUUCAUGGUUUUCUCCUAUGUGCAGAUCUUCGGGGCCAUGCUGAGGAUCCCCUCUGAGCAGGGACGGCACAAAGCCUUUUCCACCUGCCUCCCUCACCUGGCUGUGGUCUCUCUGUUCUUCAGCACUGGGGCAUUUACCUACCUGAAGCCCCGUUCCAUGAGCUCCCCAUCCCUGGAUCUGUCACUGUCGGUUCUGUACUCAGUGGUGCCUCCAGCCCUGAACCCCGUCAUCUACAGCCUGAGGAACCAGGAGCUCAAGGCUGCAGUGUGGAGACUGAUGACUGGAUGCUUUCACGAACAUUAA